AUGGCUGACGAGCACGAUCUUGAAUUCGAGUCCGCCGACGCCGGUGCGUCCACGACCUACCCCCGCCAGUGCUCUGCUCUACGCAAGGGCGGUUUCGUCGUUAUCAAGGGACGCCCUUGCAAGAUUGUAGAAAUGUCUACCUCCAAGACUGGCAAGCACGGUCACGCCAAGGUCCACUUGGUUGCCACCGAUAUCUUCACGGGCAAGAAAUACGAAGAUUUGUCUCCAUCCACCCACAACAUGGAUGUGCCUGUCGUCAACCGAAAAGAGUACCAGCUGGUCGACAUCUCCGACGACGGUUACCUCUCCCUCAUGGAUGACAGUGGCAAUCUGAAGAACGAUGUCAAGAAGCCUGAUGAUUUGGACCUUGUCAAGAAGCUCGAUGCGCUCUUCCCCACCCCCGAAACCGAAACCAACAAACAGAAGGAUACCAACGUUAUCAUCCUUACUGCCAUGGGUGAGGAGGCUUGCAUUGACGCUAAGGAGGCUCCCAAGGGCACCUAA